UCUUUUAUAAAAAUAACUAUUUUCUUUAUUCACAUAUGACUCUUGUGCAGCGCAGUGUGUGGUCUAACUCUCGUGAUUUUUUUAAAAAGAAAAUAACCAAAAAAAACUUCCAAACUAAUCUUUCAAAUAAAUUUUUGUUUGUUUUUUAGUUUUUUUUUAAAUUUCCAUUUUAAGAUUUUUUGUAAAUAUUUAAUCAAGUUUUUAGUAUUUUUAAUCAAGAAAAAAUAUCAGGACAAAGAUUUUUCUCAAAAAAAUUUAAAUAAUAAAGAGACAAAUAUCAACAACAACAAAAAAUAUUUAUUAAAAUGCCCUUCUCUGCCCUUUUAUUAUCCUUUUUACACUUUCCUUUGUCUACAUUUUUAUUUAAAUAAAAAUGUAAUUUUUAAAUGUCUUUUUGCGCAGUAGCUAUAGUACUGAUACGUUUUUUCUGCACCUAUUUGAAAGGUCCAAUAAAUACCCAAGGGAGGAAUAAAGAGAAGAAGAAAAGUCCAAAACCAUAUAAAGGACAAAAAGAAAAUAUAUACAACCACCAAAUAUGUCAAAUUAAUAUUCGUCACGGAAGAAAAACGAGGCCGACAAUGCGGCGCUGCAGGAGCAUUGUGAAUUGUUAGAAACUCAAAAACCUUUAUUUUAUAUAUUCGGUAGAAAAAAGGAGGAUAUAUUAUUCCUUUCUUUAUUUGGCAUAUCCUUCUUUUUUAUUUAAUUUAAUGCG